CUCUCUCUGUCCCUCUCUCUAGCUAUCUACAAUUACAACAGCAAUGGAAGGAAGAAACGAAUAUAAGAAAGGGUUGUGGACGGUGGAGGAAGACAAGAUUUUAACGGAUUACAUAAGAGUGCAUGGCAAAGGCAAGUGGAAUCGAGUGGCCAAAGUUACAGGCUUGAAGAGGUGUGGCAAAAGUUGCAGAUUAAGGUGGAUAAAUUAUCUCAGCCCUAGUGUUAAGCGGGGCAAUUUCUCUGAGGAAGAAGACGACCUCAUCAUUCGUCUCCACAAUCUUCUUGGCAACAGGUGGUCCUUAAUCGCCGGCCGGGUUCCGGGAAGGACAGACAAUCAAGUGAAGAAUCAUUGGAACACUCAUUUGAGCAAAAAGCUUGGAGUUAAAAAGGAAAAAAGCCGAGUGUGUGCUGCUUCACCAACGUUGUCUAAAGAAUCCGAGGAAAGUUCGAUCGUGCCCUCAGAAUCAAAUUCAAGACCUCCACCCAAUUGCAAUGGCGAAGCGGUAGGCGUUGAAGUCAACGGAAGUGGCUCGCUAAGCUCGAUGGAUUUCUACAGCCCACAAGAGCAGCAGCUGUGGAGUAGUGAUGAGUUUGAUCAUAAUUCUUUUUGGUUAUCUAUAAUUGAUGAUCUAAAUUUACAAGUUCCUAACUUAAUGGAAUUAACUCUUGAUUUUGUCUGACUUGACCUGUAAAGUUAUUUUCCUUUUGUACUAGUAUAAUACA